AAAAUUUGACGAGAGAAGAAAAUUUGGCGCACCGAAACGUAAAUACGUACAGCUUUUCCCAACCUGUAAACUCAACCUCACAAAUAUCCAUGGCGACAAGCCUCCCAUGGCGCACCUCACUCGCAUCCAAAUCACAACCGCUCCAUCUCCACCACACAAGAACUCGCCUUUUGUCCACGCGCCACUCCACGCGUCUCCGCGCGUUCCGCCGCAACGACUUCGAUGACUUCUCCAGCCGCUUCUCCUCCGGCAAGCUCUGGACCGACCUUUGGAAAAGCGCUAACGACGGUUUCGAGCAGUUCGCUUACGAGACUAGGAAGACUGCCGAAAAAAUCGACCGGAGAUUCGCGGUUUCGCGGCGAUUAUCCGACGCGGCUGAGUCGGCGAAGUAUCGCGCCAAGGAGAUUGAUCGUGAUUUGAGGAUUAUGGAUAAGUGGAGGAGUUUUAGCUUUGAUUUUAGUAGAAAUUGGCCUUCGUACAGGAAGCAGCUUAUUGAAUUUUUCGAUACUCCGUUAGGCAAAGGAAUUACGACAAUCGUCUUCUUGUGGGUUGCGCUAUCUGGAUGGUUAUUUCGGAUUGUAAUAUUUUCAAUAUGGGUACUACCAUUUGCUGGUCCUCUUCUCUUGGGAGCUUUUGCUAAUUUUCUUGUUAUCAAGGGGUCUUGUCCUGCCUGCAAAAGGCAGUUUAUUGGAGCCAAAACCCAAACAGUCCGCUGUGCAGGUUGCGGUAACAUUGUGUGGCAGCCACAAGGGGACCUCUUUUCAAGAGGUAGUCAAGGAGGUUCCUCAAGCUCGAAAUCGGAGAUUAUUGAUGUGGAAUUUGAAGAAAAAUAACCGCUGCUUCAGGAAUGGGAUACAAUCUCCCACAUCGAUGCAAGAUGGAAAAAGGGCCGUUCAAGAAAACGUUGGAACAAAAGGUUUUACUAUUUUAUACCACGACUAUAAUUUUUGCCUUUGGGGAGGGGGGGGGGGGGGGGGGGGGGGGGGGGGGUAGCAUGUAAUAAUUGCUAGUCUUGUUGCUAGUUAGGAGUCUUAGUACUUCUUCAAUGUUGUCAAUGUAAUAUAUAACUACUUUAGUUGAUUAAGUUAAGAAAGUGAAGCAAUAGUACGAGGCCCUUGUAUACUUUUUUUUUUCCUUUGUAGAGUAUCCUUAAAUGAUUGGUGAAUACUCCUUGCACGGUUUUAAAUAGUGAGGUUCAUUCUCUUAAUUAUAUUCUUUGUAUUCUUUCA